AUGGGGACCCAGUGCAGCAGAGUUUUCCAGGAUAUCUCCUUCAAAGUUAUCCACAGCUCAUCCUUCUACAACCGUUCCUGGGUGAAAAGUCAGAGCUCUGCUUGGUUGGGUGACUUGCAGACUCAUGGCGAGGACAACUCUGGCCGUACUGUUUUCCUGCGUCCUUGGUCUAAGGGCAACUUGACCAAGAAAGAGAUAAAAGAAGUGAUGGAGUACCACCACGCGCUCUCCAUUGAAAUGUCGAACAAACUUCACAGACAUGCCCGUCAAUGGCAGCUUAAAUAUCCCUUUGAGGUACAGGCAACAGGAGGCUGUGAGCUGCACCCUGGGGGAGUCAUAGUAGCCUUCUAUCUACUUGCUUAUCAAGGAUCAGAACUCCUGCACUUCCAGAACAAUUCCUGGCUGCCUUCUGUAAAGGAUGAAAUUAGAGCUGAGCCUAUGAGCAGAGUAUUCAGUCAGUACCAUGUCGCCAACAAAAUAAUACGGAGGCUGCUCAGUGACACCUGCCCACGUUUCCUCUUGAGCAUCCUUGAAGCGGGAAAGGCAGAUCUCCAGAGAGAAGUAAAACCAGAGGCCUGGCUGUCCACUGGCCCCAGUUCCAGUCCUGACCGCCAGAUGCUGGUUUGUCAUGUCUCUGGCUUCCAUCCAAAGCCAAUUUGGGUCAAGUGGAUGCGAGGUGAACAGAUACAGCAGCGCACUCAACAGAGUGGCAUCUUGCCCAAUGCUGAUGGGACAUGGUACCUUCAGGUUUUCUUGGAGGUGGAAGCCACUGAGACAUCUGGCCUAUAUUGCCGAGUGAGACACAGCAGCCUGGGAGGCCAGGACAUCCUCCUCUACCUGGGUAAGAAAAACUAGGGCCCACACUGGGAAUGGGAGUGGAUGGUCCACAAGCAGAGCAGGAGAGCAAAGUGAAACACUUGGGAUUUAUGGAUUCCAGACGCAAAAGAUUGAAAAUAGUUCAAUAAAUAGAAGAGUAG